CAAAAUCUAAACUCGAAUACCGGCUGAUUUUUGUGCCCAGCCAAUAUUUUUGUUAACUUAUUAACUUGAAUUAAAAUAAGUUACUGUUGAUAAUAAAAUUAACUAGUCAGUUGAUUGAUAACUUCUUAUCGGGGUUAUCUCGAAAUCUUCAUACCAAAGAAAACUAAAACUCAGCCUGAUCAUAUUGCAAAUUUCAAGGUUAGCAAAGUAAAACUGUCAUUUGAUUUGUUCUUCCUUGUUCGUUAUCAAGUCUAAUAUUCAUUCUCAUCAAUCCCAAAUUUUGAUUCACAAUGAACGAUCCAAUUCUGGAAGCUCUCAACUUUGCACUCGAAACUGACCUGCAUGUGGACGAGGUUCGUGUCAUCCCCUCCACUUCGGACCCUUUGUACUCACGCAGACCUUUGUCGAAACCCAAAAAUUCGAAAAAGAUUCUUCCAUCGAACCUCGUUCUGGGCGAGACCGCCACAACGCCCUGUCUUUUCUCUGGCUGUGAUGACCCCACGAUAAGCAGUUGUUGUCUUGCUGAUAAGCCAGCGAAGGACACCUUCCUCGCUCACCUCCUCACCCAACACCACUUUGUUAUCGAUGAUGUCGACAAAAUUGCCAAUUUGCACAAAUACAUACUUUACUGGAGAAGUAAAUUCGAAUCGGGUCAAGUUUCCGAUUUCUGUGUGGGAUUCAUCAUGGACGAUUUACCUUCACCUCCAGAAGCUCCGAGACCUCGAAAACGGAAAUCGACUCCGCUCGGCCAAGAAGAUGCAUCCAUAGCUGAUCAAGAUGACCCACCUCCGCCUCCAUCCGCUGAUAUAGCCUUAUCGCCAUCUGAUAAGCCGACCUAUUUCAUGUUAACCCCCGCGCUCCCGGAAGACAAGCAGUUACGCAACAAAUUAUGGAAUUCUCGCAUAGAAACCGUGCUGGAAGUGAAUCGUCAAGAACGAGAGCAGACAGAUUUUUCCCGUCAGUGUUUCUUCUGUCGGGAAAUCUUCACCGGAAAUCGUUCCGCACUUUUCGCCCAUAUGACGACCGAUCACAGCUUUAGGAUCGGCAAACCAGAUAAUGCCAUCUUCGUUGAGGAGUUCCUCGAACUUAUUGCCACCAAGCUCAACAACCUCAUUUGCCUCCAGUGCGAAAAAGUCUUCAAGGACAAGACCAUUUUGAGAGACCACAUGCGCAAAAAGGGUCACAAACGGCUCAAUUCUAACAACCCAGAGUAUAAUCGGUACUACAUUAUCAACUAUUUGGAGCCUGGAAAAGACUGGAAAAUGUUGGAAGAGGAAGACCCAGAGGACGAACGGACCGAGGAGGACUGGACUGAAGCCGCAGAGGAGACUGAAAACAUCGUCUGUCUCCUUUGCUCUGAACAGGCUCCGAAUUUCGACCAGAUUCUGAGCCAUAUGAAAACCUCCCACGGCAUGGAUUUUACCCAGAUUACAGAAAACCUUGAUUUUUAUCAGAAAGUCAAGGUGGUCAAUUUUAUCAGGAGAACAGUCUUUCUCUUCGUGUGUUUCUACUGUGAGAAAAAGUUUCUCGAAAAGACUUCACUCGUUGAGCACAUUGGACAACAUUUUCACAAAUGUGAGGAAUUUCCUCCAGAAAAAGUUUGGAAUCAGCCAGAGUACUAUUUCCCCACAUAUGAAAACGACCAAUUUCUCGUCCUCCUCGAUAACAAGGAUAUGGAAUUGGGCAAUGACUGUGACGAUGACAAGCAACGACAAGAAGAUGCUUCCAACUCAUUAUCGGAACAAAAUCAAAGCCGAAUCGUAAUUCCGGAAGAUUUGCCAAAAAUAUCGAGAUCACCGUAUCUCCCAACUGCAGAAGAAUUACGGAUGGACGACACCUUUCCUGAGGCUGAUUACCCAUUAGAUUUAAAACGCUCAUGAUAAAAAUACAAAAUUAAGCAAAUAUAUCGAUUGGGAGAAGUAGAAAUAAAUCUUGUUCUUUUUCA